GCCAUUCACAGCCUGCAAAAGCUUGCCAAUGCCGCUGGGUUUCUCUGUGCCAUUAAUAAGGAGAAAACUGAGGCUGAAGCCACAUGCUUCUUGGGUUGGGGGAUGUGGGAGUCUCGGGAAAUAAUCCUUAAAUUCCAGAAGUAAAAUGCUGCGGAGAGUAGGUUACAGCCUCUACACGAAGACCAGACUGGGCUACCUCUUCUACAAGCGGCAGCUAAAGAGAGCGCGUGAACGAUAUCCCCAUGGGCACUCAUCCACCCAAGCCAUCGUAUUCAGCGGAGUUAAAGUGGUGCCCAUUCCAGUCCUUUCUGAUAACUACAGUUAUCUAAUUAUCGACACCGCGUCCAACCUGGCAGCAGUCGUGGACCCUUCUGACCCUCUAGCUGUACAGGCAUAUCUAGAGCGAGAAGGGGUGACGCUGGAGGCCAUCUUGUGCACCCACAAACACUGGGAUCACAGUGGAGGCAAUAAGGCUCUAAAGAGGCUGUACAAGUCUUGUCGGGUUUAUGGAAGCUCUUAUGAUGACAUCCCGGAAUUGACACACGCCCUGUCUGACCGGGAGCAAUUGUCAGUCGGGAGACUUCAGUUCCAGGCAUACUUCACCCCAGGUCAUACAGUGGGACACAUGAUCUAUGUGCUGGAUGGGAAAUCCGGAGAUGGACCAGACUGUCUUUUCUCUGGGGAUCUGCUGUUCCUCGCCGGCUGUGGGAGAAUGUUUGAGGGAUCGGCAGAGACUAUGCUCACUUCCCUGGACACCGCAGCUUCUCUUAAUGACAGCACUCUCCUUUGGCCUGGCCAUGAGUAUGCAGCAGACAACCUGACGUUUGCAGCUGUGGUUGAGCCUGAGAACGCCGUCCGGGACAAGAAGUGUCAGUGGGUUCUGCACCGCAGGCUUGAGAAGAAGAGCACGUGCCCGUCCACCAUUGGAGAAGAAAAGGAGUAUAACCCUUUCCUGCGCACCCACUGCAGAGACCUGCACCAAGCUUUAGACCUCCAGCGAGGAGCCAAUGAAGAUUGGAAUCACUUUCGUGCCAGGGUCCUGGAAGAGGUUCGCAAGAGAAAGGACCUUUUCAAAGAGAGAUAGACCUUCAGGCUCACUAUGAGAGAACUGUUGUGUGUGUUAGUAUCAACACAAUAAUAAUAAUAAUUAUAGUGAAUCAACUACAUUAGAUAUCCAAGCAGCUUUACUUCCAUAUUUGGGUUCAUACAAAAGCAAAGAGGAUCCUCAACACCCAUUACUUUUUAGUGCUGCUCAAUGGCAAAGCUGGUUUCAGCAACUUGUUUUGGACCUUCCCCCACAGGGAGAUUCACAUCUGUAUCACAUUUACUGUUUAUUUUGGGUAAAUGGAAAGUGUUUUGCACAUUUAGCCUUUAGAAAUGUAGACUAAAUAGUCUGCUAUUGGUGAAACAGGGUGAUGUCCUUCUGAUGCCAACCUCUGCCCCCCCCCCUGGUGCCAUGUCUAUAUUCUUGGAUUGUAUCUCAUGCUGGAUUUAAGAACAGAGAAGUAUAUUACAAAACAAACUUUAUGAAACAGGAAAUGGGGGGAAAUAAAACACUACUUUGGGCUCAGCCACUGGAGAGCAGAGUUCUGGGAGACUGAUGUACAGAUUGGCAGUGCCCACUGAAUGUUGCCAGGCUGUUAUACAAAGCAUGUUGCCCAUGAUACAACCUGCACCCCCUGAAAAUAACUGGUUAAUAUAUCUCAGAAGUUCAGACAAUCCACUUACAUCCCCCUCCAGGGCUCAUGGUCACAAGAGGAUUUUUUUUUAAUUACUGAGAUUUAUUUUGUGAGAAAGAGAGCUGAUCCAAGAUCCAUACCUCAGUUGUUUGAGUUGAUGCUCUACAUUGGUUGAGCUAAGAAAAUUGUUUGAUUUCCUAUAGAUUUUGCCAUUUAAAUGAGAAUUGUAUAUAUGAUUUUGUUAUAGCUUUUGUUUUCUGUGUUUUGAUAUGGGUAUAAAAACAUCUGUGUGUAUGUUCUCAGAACUACAGGUUCUGUCCACUUUCAUGUAAUUAUAGUCACAUGACAACUAAAUCAGGGAAGGUAAAUGCCUCUGUGUCACUCAGUAUUAACGAGUGGCAAAUAGAGGGGCACGUCCCAAGAGGAGUGUGUGCUUAUGGACUGGGAAAAAAAAUCAAUGGUAUUAAUUAAAAUCCCUUAUUUUUGUAUAUGUGAGACUGUUAGAAGUGGCAACAGAUAUGUAAUAAAACACUAGUGUGUGCAGA